AUGGUAUCUUCUAAAAGAUAUGAUGUCUUUCUAAGCUUUCGAGGUGAGGACACCCGCAAGAAAUUCACAAGCCAUCUUUAUGAUGCUUUGAAGCAAAAGAAAGUUGAGACCUUCAUAGACUAUCGUCUUGAAAAGGGAGAGGAAAUUUCAACAACACUAAUCAAAGCCAUCGAAGAUUCUCAUAUAUCUAUUGUCAUCUUAUCAGAGAACUAUGCUUCCUCAAAAUGGUGCUUGGGUGAAUUAUGUAACAUUAUGGAAUGUAAGAAAGAGAAAGGACAAAUUGUGAUACCGGUGUUCUAUGACGUAGAUCCAUCCCAUGUACGGAAGCAGACUGGAAGCUAUGAGCAAUUCUUUGUAUCACAUAAGGGAGAACCCAACUGCAACAAAUGGAAAGCUGCUCUCACUGAAGCAUCCAAUUUAGUUGCAUGGGACUCUCGAGCUUACAGAGGAAAACAGAUAGAUCAUGCAACAAACAUAUUGGAAGCUUUUGAUUUUUCUGCAACAUCUGGAAUAGAAGUCCUUCUGGACAGAGCUCUAAUAACAAUUUCAGGUGGCGAUCAACUAGAAAUGCAUGACUUGAUACAAGAAAUGGGUUGGGAAGUUGUUCAUCAAGAAUGUAUCAAAGACCCUGGAAAACAAAGUAGGUUGUGGAAACAUGAGGAAGUGUGUGAUGUCUUGAAAAAUAACAAGGGAACUGAAGUUGUUGAAGGCAUAAUUUUAAAUUUGUCUAAAUUAGUUGAGAAUCUAUUUUUGAGCUCUGAUUCCCUUGCAAAGAUGACUAACAUGAGAUUUCUUAAAAUCCAUGGUUGGAGCAAGUUUACAAUAUUUAAUGUGUGCUUUCCUAAUGGUCUAGAUACACUGUCUCAUAAAAUGAGGUACCUUUACUGGGAUGGAUUCUGUCUUGAGUCUUUGCCAUCUAACUUUUGUGCUGAACAGCUUGUAGAACUUUGCAUGCGUUGUAGCAAGCUUAAAAAGCUUUGGGACGGGGUUCAGAACCUUGUGAAUUUGAAGACAAUUGACCUGUGGGGAUCCCGAGACCUGAUUGAGAUUCCAGACUUAUCCAAGGCAGAAAAACUUGAAAAUGUUUCUCUUUGCUAUUGUGAAAGCUUGUGGCAGCUCCAAGUCCAUUCAAAAUCUCUUCGUGUACUAAACCUUUAUGGUUGCUCAUCACUGAGGAAAUUUUCAGUUACAUCAGAUGAACUGACAAAAUUGAACCUAGCUUUCACUGCUAUAUGUUCAUUACCAUCAUCAAUUUGGCUCAAAGGGAAGCUUAAAUCUCUUUACCUUAAAGGUUGUUGCAAUCUCCAGGAGUUAACAGAUGAACCAAGAAUUUAUGGUUCUCAGAAGCACUUCUCAACAUUCGCAUCUAAUGUUGAGAGAUUGUCUAUGAACAUCAAAAACCUUUCAACACUGACAAUGCUUUGGUUAGAUGAUUGCAAGAAACUUGUGUCUUUGCCGAAGCUUUGGCCAUCCCUUGAAAAGUUGAGUGCUAGUAAUUGCAUUUCUCUAGACUCAUAUGUCACUCAAUGGCUAGUGUUACAACACAUGUUACAUAGCCGCAUACCCUACAUACGCAAACACUAUCUAAAGUGUUAUGAUGAAGAGUAUUUCUUUCCAGGAGACCAUGUGAUUGAUGAGUGUGGAUUUUGCACAACAGAGAGUUCAAUAACUAUUCCUUAUCUUCUGAAAACUGAAUUGUAUGGUUUCAUUUACAGCAUCGUUCUAUCGAAGGGAUCAGUCUUGCAGAGUGAUGUUUCAUGUUCUGUUUAUCAAGAUGGCAUAAGGGUUGGCUGGCUUCAAAGAUUGUUGGAGUACGAAAGUUUGAUUUCCAAUCACGUGUUGUUUAUGUAUCAUGACAUCAACGAAUUUCAUAUAAUAACUGAACUGCAUGGCCAUUUCUUCUGCAACAUAACAUUUAUAUUUGAGAACAGUGGAGAAAGCAUAAAAGAGAUUGGCGUCUUUCCAAUAUAUGGCUCAGGAUCAGGGUUGAAGCUGGCUGACUGGCAGCAGAGAAGUUUUUGA